UGCGUGACGUCAUUAGUUCCCCGUUGGCCUCGACGUGGCACCGAGAGGAGAGAGGAUCCGGGUCUGAGUGAGCUCUGUUUACCCCCUGACCCCGGCUGAUUACUGGCUGUUUACCGGCUCCUCUUUCUCCCCCGCAGGCUCCUACCCCCCGCCGCUGAUACGGGACUCUAACGAUGGGGCUGACCAUCUCCUCGCUGUUCUCCCGGUUCUUCGGGAAGAAGCAGAUGCGGAUCCUGAUGGUGGGUCUGGACGCAGCAGGCAAAACGACAAUCCUCUACAAACUCAAGCUGGGAGAGAUCGUCACCACCAUCCCAACCAUCGGCUUUAACGUAGAGACGGUGGAGUAUAAGAACAUCUGCUUCACGGUGUGGGACGUGGGGGGGCAGGACAAGAUCCGCCCUCUGUGGAGACACUACUUCCAGAAUACACAGGGUCUGAUCUUCGUGGUGGACAGUAACGACAGAGAGAGAGUCGCUGAGUCAGCGGAGGAGCUCUCCAAGAUGAUCCAGGAGGAUGAGCUGAAGGACGCCGUGCUGCUCGUCUUCGCAAACAAACAAGAUCUGCCCAACGCCAUGGCAGUCAGCGAACUCACCGACAAGCUGGGGCUGCACAGCCUGAGGAGCAAGACUUGGCACGUUCAGGCGACCUGCGCGACACAGGGCACCGGGCUCUACGAGGGUCUCGAUUGGCUGUCCAACGAGCUGUCCAAACGCUGAGGAAGAGGAAGAGGAGGAAUUCACUGAACUGUUUUUGUUUUUUAAAUUAUACGUGUCGUCUGUGGGAGGAAGUGAUGUCAUGGACUCUGACCUCGUCCUCUUCUGUUUUAUUUUAAUCCGCAUGUUUUAAAAUCAUGUGAAAGGAAGGGGUGGGGCUUAACACACACCUGUGGGGGGCGGGGCUAACCUGAAGUCAUUCCAUAACAUGUGAAGAGAUGAAGACGAUGCAAUAAAGGGUUUCUCUUU